UCCGUGUCCGGGGCAGGCGCGGCUACCAACCCCCACCUUUCCCCCUCGGAGGACGAGCAGGGCUGCCAUGCUGGCGAGGAGGCGACCAUGAACAGCACCGCCGGCAGCGAGAGGUGGCGGCCAAUGGCCAUCUCCAACCCUUCCACGCGCCUGCGGGCAGCUCGCAGCAUGCCCCAGUGGGUGCAAGCGUGCAACGCCCGCCAGCAGCAGCAGAAGGACGAGAACGCGGCGCCGCCCCCACUGCCCCAGACGGAGCCGCCGCCGCUGGACCCCGACUACGAGGUCAUCGAGUUCCCCGGGCAGCAGUACUGCAACACUCCGCCGCCGCCCAAGCCGGCCGCCCCAGGCGCAGGAAAGCGCGGGGACGGCAAGCACUGUGACCUGUGCGGUUCCUCCACGCCCACCGUGCGGUGCGAGAAGUGCGCCAACCAAGUGUUCUGUCUCUCCUGUGACGACAUGUACCACCGGCACCCCAAGAGGCAGACCCACGCCAGGAAGGCGCUGGACGCCGGCGGGUCCCGGUCGCUGCGGCCGCCGCUGCCGCCCAAGGGGGAGGCGACGCGCGGGCCCGUCCCCCCGCCGCGCAGGAACAAGCGCGCGGCCAGCGGCUCCCGCCCGGGGUCGGCCAGCCCGCAGCUCGGACCGCAGGGUUCUUCGUCGAACAAGAAAGAGUUUUCCUUCAUGGAUAAGAUGGGGAGUCUGAAACGGAUGAUGGGCACUCGCCCGCUGCCACCCACGCCCACCAGUAACUCGCAAAGGACCCGGGAGAGCGUGGAGCGGGACCUCAUGGACCAGUCGCGCCAGAUGGCGGACCGGAUGGGCACCCUGCAGCAGCGCUACCGGCAACACCAAGCAGCCAUGCGCGGCACCACCAGCGCCAUACCCCUGACCGUGCUGGAGAUGAGCCGCCAGAGCGACUCCGAGCGGGAGGACGCCCGGCCGUCCAAGGCGCGCGGCAACGGCGUCUCGGCCAGCAAGUUCGGCGACGCACAGCCUCCGAGCCGAGACAGCGGCUACACGGACUGGGAGACGGACCGCUGGGGCCCGCAGUCCCGGCGCCGGUCCAGUAGCGUGUCGGGCUCGUCGGGCGUUGACACGGGUCCCGGGGCGCCCCACGGCACGGCAACCCUGACCCGCCGCCACAUCGCCGCCCCCCCCGCCGUCGCCCGGGUACCCGCGCGCGCCGGACGGCUUCCUCGGCCGCGGCAUGACGCAGAGCAGCUCCGUCAGCAACCUGCAGGGCACGGCCGGCCCUCAAGCCCCGCCCGUCUUCAGCCACAUGCACCAGGCGCAGUCCAUGGCGCAACUGAACUGCCCCAGCUGCAACCACGGCAUGGUGUGGGUCCCCGGCAGCCAGUGGGACUUCGGCUACCCCCACGGCCGCACGGCCAGCAACCUCAGCAUCAACGUCCCUCCCUCCCCGCACGGCUACCCCACCCCCGAGGGGGGGACCUUCGUGCCAUGAGCACGUGGCACGGCCCUCCGCCGGGCGUGUACCCCCAGUGGGGGUUCCCCCCCGGCAUGAGCGCCUCGCACUCGAACCUGGCCCAGCGCCGGGCCGCGUCGCCGGCGCACAGCGUCAAGUCCGCGCAGCCGCGGUGCAGGGGGGCCGUGUCCCCGCCACGCAGCGUCAAGUCCAGCCAGCCCCUGCGCAGGAGGGGCAGCUCCCCGGCGCACAGCUCCCACGCCGCCCAAGGCCAGCAGCGGGCACCGGCCUCUCCCGCCCGCAAGUCCUCCUACCCUCUGCGCAACAGCCUGCCCAGGAGGAUGCCCUCCUCGGUCAGGAGAACACUGACGGACAGCUCCGACGAGGAGGUGUUCCCCAGGGACGAUGAGGACAUGGACGCCAGCGACGCGGGGAACGAGGAGAUGUCGGACGACUGCCGAGAAGUGGGGGCGGAGGAAGAGAGCCCGCCGCCCCCGCAGCUGAUCGUCCCCAGCCACCAGUGGGAGUGCGAGCACUGCACGUUCGUGAACCGCGCGGGGGUCAGAGUCUGCGCCGUGUGCUGCAAGACGCCCUCCGACCUGUCGCACGCGCCCAGAAGGCCGUCCGCGGGGUCGAGGAGCGAGCAGGCCCGGGACGCGAGCGCGCAGAGCCUCCGCAGACCCUCUAGGAGCGGCAGGAGCGAGGCCACCUCGAAGCAGAGGCGGUCCGGCGAAGCAGGAGCCAAGCGACAUCACCACCGCAGCAGCGACGACAGCUACCGGGAGCAGAGCGACGGCCCCUACGACGAGAGCUCGAUCGUGGGCAAGUUCAACAAGCAGCUCAGGAUAUCGCAGAGAACUGAGAAGCCACCUGAGGAAGGCCCAUAUGAAAGUAUGCGAAUCAAUUCGUCUGGCUCAGAAAUGUCAAACGCUAAUAAAAAAGGACAAAACAGAGAUGGAGCGAACCAGCUAGAGAAGGCGCAAAACGAGACUUUUCCAAGAGAGAAAAAAGGGUUUUCAGAGACCAAGCCAACGCCCACUUCUUCUUCCGAUGUCCAUUCCCAGACUUCUUUCUACAGCCCCUCCUCUGCGCUGUCGGGCAGCGGCGAGGCGCAAAACAGCACGCCGCUCGCGCGCAAAGUGGCGAAAGUUUCUACCGCGGUGGGACCGUCGCCCCCCAGGGAAAUAGUCGCCCCCGGCAGUUCCGAGCCCGUCUCGGCCGCACGCAAGACCUCCGUUUCGACAGGGACCCAGUCGCCCGGCGAUGGGGCGCAGCAGCCUAGAAAGAAAAUGGUAACAUCCACUGGCACGUCCCCUCCACCUCAGAGUGCAUCGACACAGACCUACGGAGUAGCUCGCGCCCCGGCCGGCGAGGAGAGCGGGACGACGGACGGUAGGUACCAAAGCGCUGCGGCCGGCAGGCUCAAGAGGUCCUCCUCGCUGCACAUCGGGACUCAGACCCGGGACGACGACCCGUGGGCCCCGUCGCGCCCCGGCCGCCUGUACCGGUCGCAGAGCAGACACUCCCUGACGAGCGACUCGCAGAGCGUUUCCCUGUCCCACGCGCAGUCCCGCGACUCGAGCCCACGCCGGUCCUUCGACAGCCGCUACAUCGACGACGAGGUGAUGGCGUACACCGAGAGGAACUUGGGGCCGUACCCUGCGGGGGCCGACCGGCGUAGAGAGAGUUUCCACGACACGAGGUCGCGCUCCGUCUCGGGCGCCCCGCGGAAGAGCCUGCCGGCGUCCGACUUCUCCCGGAGCCAACUGGACCUGCGCAUCGCCAACAUCGUGGAUCCAAACAGAGCCCUCCCGAGCCACGCCGGGGUUGAUAACUAUCAGAGGCAGGCGGAGGGGAGCGGCCGCGCCAGCCGGGCCAGCUCGCAGCCCCCGGACGGCCGGCCGGAGCCCCUGGGGCCGGGGUACCUGUCCAACCUAGAGGACCUGGUGCAGCAGCAGCGAGCCGAGGCCAUGAAGUCCCAGGGGCUGGAGCUCGUCAAGCUGCUGAGGGAGGCGGAGCAGGAGAACUUCAGCCCGGAGGAGCUGCAGGUGGCCAUGAGCCACUGCGGCGACCAGGGCCCCGUGCAGUGGCUGCGAGGCAACUGGCGCAACAUGAUCGACACCGUCGUCACCCUCGCCACCAACUACGGCCAUGAGCGCAAGGAGAACAACGUGGGCACGGUGUCGGCGAAGGAGGCCCGCGACGCCCUCCGCCAGCACAAGGGCAACGUCUGGGCCUCCGUCACCGAGUGCGUCGAGCAGCGGCAGAAGAAGUACGCGGAGCUGUUCUCCCGCGGGAACUUCACGCGCGAGGACAUAGUGACGGUGCUGACAGCCAACCACGGCAACCUCGAGGCCGCUUACCUGGAGCUGAGCAAAACCCAGCUGAAGCCGUUCCUCAUGCGCAUCUGGGGGCCGCCCGCGGGCACCGACAACGAGAGCGGCAAUGUCGAGACAGGACCCCUUGACGCGCCGUACGCUGGGGACGCUGGGGAUGCUGGGGCUGCCUCCAAGCCGCACCUCACUGACGAGGAUGACAGUGUGUCUGUAACCGACUUUGUGGACGCUCGCUCGGAAGUGGACGAACUGACGGACGAGAGCAAAGCGGUGAGUCCGGUGUCCGAUCCCCCGUCUGCCGUGGACUCGGACGAGGCAGCGGCGGCCGGUCCAGCCGGGGCCCCUUGCGCCCAGCAGGAGCGCCAGGAGGCACAGGUAUGUGAGGGUGAGGGCGCGUCCGGGGACAUUCCGCGGGACGCAGACGCCUCGCGGGCGGGAGCUUCGCUGCCCGACACGGCUCUCAGCAUGCUGCUCAAGAUUCUGAACAUCGUCCAAGCGAAUGAGGCAGACGUUAACAUUCCCAAACUCGAGGGCCAGCAGGCAGCAAUACUGUCCUCUCUCAGCACCCUAGCCACCAGGCAGAUGGACAUGAUUUCUGUGGCCGAAUCUAAACUUCUGAAACCAACUACGGAAACACGGACAGCCCAAGGAAAAGGAGACACAGAAUCUAAGAUCAAAGAGGACACACCAGACGAAAGAUCAGAUAAUGAAGAUCUGGUCCGACGAGACACAUCCGAGGAGGAGUUACAAAGUCCAUCGGGCACAGGUUCUGACGAUGAUGAAGAAUAUUCUUCAGAGAAUGCAGAGGCAUCUAAUGACAACUUGAAGAACACUGAAACAAAAUCCGGUGCUGAUAUGACUAAAGAAACUGACAUGAAAAUGGCAUUAGUUGAUUCGAGUGAUGAACAAGCAAAAAAGAAUAAAUCUGAAAUAUUAUCAACCUCUGACGAAGAAAUAAUAUGUGACCAAGAGAAAAAAAAUAGUCCACUAACUCAGAAGAAGCAGUUUGAAAAAACACAGGAAAAUGAGACAGAAUCCGAUUCACAAGAGUCUGAGGAUAGUCCAUCAGCUGAGGAUCUUGUCUGUCACACCAGAACAGACACUAGUGUGAAAAAUGAAGAAGCUGAAGAUGAUGCAGAAGAAGAUGGUGAUGAAGAUGAGUAUGAAACCGAAGAGGAAAUCACUGAUGAUGAUUGGGACGAGUCUUGCUGCAGUUCACCAUCACAUGAAAAUAGUAGUGAACACAAGAAAGAAUCUACGACACAUGAAAACUCUAGAAAAACUGACAUUCCACACACACGCACGUCAGGUACAGCACAUGAAUUUUCAGGUGUUGGUAAGACAGCAAUAAAGACUCCACUGCCAAAAGUUCUUGAUAAUUUUAAAAAAAUUAGUAAACAGACAGAUAAAGCAAAAAACACAAAAUUAUCCUAUGAGAAUGCAAAAGAUGACAAUAAGUCUGUAAUUCAAAAUGAUUCUAAGAUUCCUUUGCCACAACUACGGGUAGUUCUUAAGAGUCCAAAUUCCCAAACAGCUCAAAAUUCUAAUAAAAUGAGAACUGAUCAACUAAAGAAAGUUGUUGAUAAACCAAACAAGGUGGAGAUUAGCAAACCUGAAGGAAAGGUGUUAAGUAAACAAGACGUAAAGAUGGUCAGUACGACACCAUCAAAAAAGUCCCCUCCUGCUGUAACUAAAAACACGGUGCCCAAGAUUGAAACAAAAAUACCCAAAAUUCCCCUACGGAAAACCACAACUCCUGUUAAAUCAAACGACAGUAGAUUAAGUGCAGCCACGAAAGCACAACAGCAACAACAGCCUGUCCCGUCAGCGAAUGCGAAGUCCACAAACAUACUCUCUGCAAGCAAAGAUCAAACAAACAUUACAGUGGUGAAGAAGGUUUCUGCUGAAACAUCAAAAAGUCAUCUCCAGAAAAAGAAUGAAGCUCCAAAACCCAAAACUCUGAUUCCGGUCACACACAGCAAACAACCUUCAGCAAAAGAAAUUGUGAGCAAGCCUGGAAACAACUCAUUAACAGAACACAACAAAGAAACAAAGGGAAAGAAAAAUAUUACUGCCGCUGCAACAACCACGCCACACCCAGAACACGUCCAACCUGUCAAAACAAGCGAGAUUGUUCUGAGUGAAGAUGUGAAGAAAGCUGAAGAGUCUUCAGACGUGAGCUUGCCCAAUUCCCCAAAGCAUAAUGCAAGGAAUAAUGCCCAGCCUGAAAAACAAACUGAAGUAUGCGAUUCUUUGGAUGAGGACAUGUCAAAUUCCCCAGAGCAUAAUGCAAGUAAUAAUGCCCAGCCUGAAAAACAGACUGAAGUAUGUGACUCUUUAGAUGAGGGCACGUCAAAUUCCCCAGAGCAGAAUGCAAGGAAUGGAGACCAAACUGAAAAACCGAUUGGGGGAAGCGACUCUUCAGACGUGAGCUCGCAAAAUUCUCCACAUGAGAAUUCAAAGAACGGUCAGAUGGAAAAAGUUAGUGAAGACAUAGAAGAACCCACACAAAAUGUAUCUGUACAAGAUGAUGAAAUCCUGAGAAAUUCAGAGAAAGUUGACGAGAUGAAGUCCGAGCGGCUGGUGCGGCGGUUCCUGGCGGAGGGCCGGGUGGCCUCCUACGAGCAGGCCGAGCUGGCCGUGAAGCUGCUCGGCCUGCAGUUCUCCCAGGAGGACGCGCUGAGCGCGGCGCGAGAGUGCGGCACGCUGGACUCGGCCGUCGCCUACCUGCGGCAGGAGUGCGAGCUCUGCGCCGAGAAGUACCCCAUGAAACAGAUGGUGUCGAUGCUGACGUGCGUCCACCGGUGCUGCAAGGACUGCACCAGGAACUACUUCACGGUCCAGAUCACGGACCGCAGCAUCAAGGACGCUGUGUGCCCCUUCUGCAAGCAGCCGGAGCUGGAGGACGACGACGAGGCGCUGGAGUACUUCAGCAACCUGGACAUCCUGCUGAAGAACAUCCUGGAGCCGCCGGUGCACGAGCUGUUCCAGAGGAAGCUGCGCGACCGGACGCUCAUGCAGGACCCCAACUUCAAGUGGUGUGUGAAGUGCUCAUCAGGUUUCAUUGCAAAUCCUCGUCAGAAGAGGUUAAUCUGCCCUGACUGCAGGUCUGUCACCUGCGCUUCAUGUCGCAAACCUUGGGAGAAGCAGCACGAGGGCAUCUCAUGCGAGCAGUUCGCCGAGUGGAAGCGGGCCAACGACCCGGAGGUGCAGGCCGAGGGCGUCACCCGCCACCUGGCCGAGCACGGCAUCGACUGCCCCAAGUGCCGGUUCCGGUACUCCCUGUCGCGCGGCGGGUGCAUGCACUUCACCUGCAGCCAGUGCAAGUACGAGUUCUGCUUCGGCUGCGGCCGGCCGUUCGUGAUGGGGGCGCAGUGCGACGUGGGUCCGUACUGCGCCAAGCUGGGGCUGCACUCCCACCACCCGCGCAACUGCCUGUUCUACCUGCGCGACAAGGAGCCCGCCGAUCUGCAGAGACUGCUGAGGGAACACAACGUCGCUUUCGACACGGAACUGCCGGACACCAUCAAAGAAGCUGGAGUGGGUCUCAAGUGUUUGGUCCAACUCCAGAAGGAAACUCCGGCCGGGCUGGUGGAUGACAUCUGCAAGAACGAGGUGCAGGAAGGACACGCUGGCUUGUGCAGGGUGCACUACGUCGAGUAUCUGGCGAGCCUGGUCGCCCGACACGGGCUCGACCCGGUCACGAUAUUCGACCUGGUGGACGUGAAGCAGGAGAUCAAGAGGCGGGGGAAGGCCCUGCCCGCUCGACCGGAAAAAGCCUCGGACGACGAGUUCAGGCUCCUGUGCGUCAAGGUCAUUCAAGAAGAGAUUCCACUAGAAUGAAUACACCAAGCACAGGAACCAAAAAUGUAGUAACAAAGUUUGCAAUGUUUGUUGAAUGUAUUAACCAAAACAUUUUUUACACCUAUAUAUUUUAAAAUGAUCUGUAACUUUGUGCAGCAGAAACACUUUUGUAACAUGUUUGCCUACGUAUAUUUGUAACACUUUGUCAGGAAUAUUACCACUGUAAAAUGUAACAAAAUUUACGAGCACAUAGAAAAGCUAUGUUUUUUGGGAAAACAUAGUCUGGAACUUAGUAAAAUUUUAUAAUUUGUCAACAUGAUCUUUUUGAUUUUUUUUUUCAGUUUUCCUGUACAUGAUGUUAAGUACUUGCACACUGGUAAAUAUUUUUUUUUCAAAUAAAACUGUUUUAAUAAAAGUCUGUUAACACAUUA